CAUGUAGAAGGUGCUUUGAACCAUAUCUUCACCCGGAGCUUACCCUUUGGGUGUUCACAACCCAGAACCUUCAGGAUCAAACUGGGUGACCGGUGGUUUUCCUUUCCAGAACCAGAAGCACUUGUAGGAAAGUUGAACAGAGGGAAGCACCAAUGUUCUCACUUACUGGAACUGUGACAGUCUGUCGGCUGCCUUUUGGAUUAGUCUCUGUGAAGAUAACUCAAAUUCUGAGUCCCUGACUGGUGGGACAACACAAGACAUGAAGGACUUUCUAGUGUUAUUUUCAGAACUUAAUCUUCUCAAGGAUCCUGGAUUAGACAGCAAGGAAGAAGCUCAUGAAGAAAUCUAUGGCCAAAAUAAGGUUAUCUGGGAACAAAGCAGGACAAGUCUGGGCCCCUGAAGGAUCUACUGCUUUCAAGUGUCUGCUCUCAGCACGGUUGUGUGCUGCUCUCCUGAGCAACAUCUCUGACUGUGAUGAAACAUUCAACUACUGGGAACCCACACACUACCUCAUAUAUGGGAAGGGGUUUCAGACUUGGGAAUAUUCCCCAGUUUAUGCAAUUCGGUCCUAUGCUUAUCUGUUGCUUCAUGCCUGGCCAGCUGCAUUUCAUGCAAGAAUUCUACAAACUAAUAAGGGCCGUGUGUAAGAAGUUUGGGCUGCAUGUGAGUCGAAUGAUGCUAGCCUUCUUGGUUCUUAGCACUGGCAUGUUUUGCUCAUCAUCAGCAUUCCUUCCUAGCAGUUUCUGCAUGUACACUACGUUGGUAGCCAUGACUGGCUGGUAUAUGGACAAGACUUCUGUUGCUGUGCUGGGAGUCGCCGCUGGGGCUAUCUUAGGCUGGCCGUUCAGUGCUGCACUUGGUUUACCCAUUGCCUUUGAUUUGCUGGUCAUGAAACACAGGUGGAAGAGUUUCUUUCAUUGGUCUCUGGUGGCCCUAAUACUCUUUCUGGUGCCUGUGGUGGUCAUUGACAGCUACUACUAUGGGAAGCUGGUGGUUGCACCACUGAACAUUGUCUUAUACAAUGUCUUUACUCCUCAUGGACCUGAUCUUUAUGGUACAGAACCCUGGUAUUUCUAUUUAAUUAAUGGAUUUCUUAAUUUUAAUGUAGCCUUUGCUUUGGCUCUCCUGGUCUUACCACUGACUUCUCUUAUGGAAUACCUACUGCAGAGAUUCCAUGUUCAGAAUUUAGGCCACCCAUAUUGGCUUACCUUGGCUCCAAUGUAUAUUUGGUUUCUGAUUUUCUUCAUCCAGCCUCACAAAGAGGAGAGAUUUCUUUUCCCUGUAUAUCCACUUAUAUGUCUCUGUGGUGCCGUGGCCCUUUCUGCACUUCAGAAAUGUUACCACUUCGUGUUUCAGCGAUACCGCCUGGAGCAUUACACUGUGACAUCGAACUGGCUGGCAUCGGGAAUGCUCUUCCUGUUUGGGCUCUUAUCUUUUUCUCGCUCUGUGGCGCUGUUCAAAGGGUAUCAUGGGCCCCUUGACUUGUAUCCAGAAUUUUACCGAAUUGCCACAGACCCGACCAUCCACACUGUCCCAGAAGGCAGGCCUGUAAAUGUCUGUGUAGGAAAGGAGUGGUAUCGCUUUCCUAGUAGCUUCCUUCUGCCUGAUAAUUGGCAGCUUCAGUUCAUUACAUCAGAGUUCAGGGGCCAGUUACCAAAGCCUUUUGCAGAGGGACCACUGGCUACCCGAAUUGUUCCUACUGACAUGAAUGACCAGAACCUGGAGGAGCCAUCCAGAUACAUUGACAUCAGUAAAUGCCAUUAUCUAGUGGAUUUGGACACCAUGGGAGAAACACCCCGGGAGCCGAAAUACUCAUCAAAUAGAGAAGAAUGGAUCAGUUUGGCCUACAGACCAUUCCUUGAUGCCUCUAGAUCUUCAAAGUUACUGCGGGCAUUCUAUGUCCCCUUCCUGUCAGAUCAAUAUACAGUGUAUGCGAACUACACCAUCCUUAAACCCCGGAAAGCAAAGCAAAUCAGGAAGAAAAGCGGAGACCGGAGGAGAGCAGAACUACCUUACAGGAAGAAUUGAAAAUCCCUGAACUGGAUGGCUGCGUUAAACUGUUCUCCAUACUCUGGCCUGGCAUCUGAGAAGUAGCAAGCCUCUUUUGGGCCAUAUGGGCUUCUCCACCAAAGCUGUUUGGCAGCUCCUAGCAGACCUUGUUCAAACUCUAGUGCUGAAAAUGAGCACAGCCUAAUUGCCAACCUACAUGUCCUUUUCACCUCAUGCAAGACUAAGCUUCUCUAAAGCACUUCACAGGACUAGAACCCUGUCCUGGAGAUACUCAGGAAAAAGGCAACUAUUUGAGGAACUGUGACCUAAUUUCAUUAUGUAGAAUGCCUCUUAUUUUCAUUUUAUUUCCUUUACAACAAACUGUAAUAUGUUUUCUUUAGGUCUAAGCAUGCUGUUGUUUGAAUUCAAGACUUCUCUGUAUUAAGGUAUCAACAGACCAGACCAUAACUGUACGGGACAUAUUUGGAGAAAGUUAAUUCUAUCACUUGGUAGGUUUGGAUGACCUCAUAUUUUGAAGUAAUGUUUUCUGAGGCCAUUUCUGAGGAAAUUAAGAAUUCCCCCUCCCCCUUUUUUUAACAACCCUGGUGGAUAAAGGGCCAAGUAUGUAUUUAUAGCACCUAUUUUUGAUUCUAUCUAUUGCGAAGUGCAUUCUGCAUGGGGCAUGUCUAGUCAAAUAGGUAAUGAUAAGGACCUAAUUAAAAUGUAGUAAGUAUUACUGUUACUUUACUUACAAUAUUCCAUAGUUUACAAAGCACUUUCACAUUAUCUCGUUUGGUCCUCACAGUCAUGACAUGGGAUAGACAAGGCAAGUGGUUUUAUCCCCAUUUUACAGAUGAUGAAACAGACUUUGGCAUGGGGGGUGGGGAACGUCAAAUGGCUUGCCCAGGGUCACAAGGCCAGUCAGUAAUAGAGCUAGGACUAGCACCUGGUUCCCUAACUUCUACCCUAGUGUGCUUCCAUCCUUCCUCUCUUGACUCUGAAGACAUUACUUGGAAGAAUGAUGGUGUUGGCCAGAGACCUGCUUGAUAAUGUAACUUUCUAUUUUAAAGAAGACUUUUAUCUGUAUUUCUUUGAGUUCCUCGGAGCCUCCAUUGUGCCUGUCAGACCAUCACAGCAGCACCCGAUGAUGCAGCCCAGCCUGUGUCAAGAAAGUAGUGCUCGUGUUUGGAAGCUCUGUUCUUCUGCAACCACACAGGAUCCCCUAUUAGUUGCAUUUCCACAUAGGCUAUCUGAGGGCCUAUUAUAGGUGCCUUAUUUUCCUAAGGGUAACUGUGUCUAGUAUCUGCAAAUAGGAUAAAGCUAUUUUCCAGAGGAUAGAAGCUAUUUUCCAUCUUCCAUUCUUUAAAGAGAAGGUCUUUUCAACAGAAACUGAUCCCAAGAGAGGAGAAAAGAAGUAAUAAGGGAGGAAGAAAAUGGCUGGUUCCCACAUGACAAGUCUCCUUUUUGGGAUCCCUCUAAUGGAAUUUCUAGGGUUGAAGCGCUGGAGAGGAACUUGGUCUAGACAGUUUAGAACAGUGAUGGGAGAGUCAAGCUCAGCCAGGGUCCCACUUGCUGCUUUAAAGAUUUCUGGCAUUUAAUCCCCAGUACUUGGUUCCUGCUUUCUGAGGCAAAUAUUGUCACCUGUGGUCUGACUACAGGGUAGAGAAUUUUCAGCGAAAGAUCUUGAUCUUGUUCUACCUGCAGGAACAAUGUACUGUCUUUUGCAAUGGCUAAAGCGCUCUACUUUUUGCAGAGGUAAAUGAGUCCCAUAACAGAGGUCCACCGUGAGUAGCUUUUUUUCUUAAUCCAAGAGAUACAAUGGCUGGUCUAUUUUAUCAUCUUGCAUGUUAAAAAAAAAAAAAAAAGCCUUCUGAGUAAGAACUUACUGUAAAGAGCACAAAAAAGGUCACAAUUGAUCCAGGGAUUUCUUGGGAAUAUCCGUUCCUAUCCCUUUUCAAACCUGGUUUUGGUUUUCUCUGUUAUAGGUCCAUCUUUAGUGAGAGCACAAUAGAUUGUGAAACACUGUGCCAAAUGCUAGGGGUAAGGGAUAUAAAAAUGAAUGUUUUUUGUGGUGAAAAUGAGUAUUUCUCAUGUGAUGUUAUAUAAACACAUUAGGAAAAAAAAAAUCUCUGUCUCAGCAAUACAGGGAUAGCCUCCCUGUAUUGCUUCCCCAGCUUUGCCUAGAGAAAAAAAGAGUUUCAAAACACCUGGUCAUACAAGCAUUUCUCUUCUAGAGAAUCAUUGUUUAGCAUGAGCCUCCUGUAAGCUCUGCCUUCCAUAAGGAUGCAGUAUCUGAGGCACUUCUUUCUCCACAGAUUGUUGAAUAUUGAAGAAUGAAGGACUACAGGUUAUUUGUAAGAACCUUGAUUACAGAGCUGAGUGAGGGGGUGGGUAUACUUGGCAGUUUCAGGGUUUUCUAAUCUCUAUCAAGUUUAUUUAUUUUUUAGUAAUUUCUAUAUGGGGCUCAAACACUUAACCCUGAGAUCAGGAGUCACAUGUUCUUCUGACUGAGCCAGUCAGGGACUCCACUGAUCUCUAGAUCUUAAGCAGCCUUAUCUGAACCCUAGAUCUUAAGACACUGAGCCCCAUUAUUGAACCUGGCAGUAUAGUAGGCAUCUAUUACCAAAGUGUACCUAUCACCCGGUACACUUUGAUAAAAGACCAGUCACUUUAAUCUCCUGGGAUAAUCCUAGAAAAUGGGAGCCCAUACUCUUUAUUACUGAAUGUGAGUUUAGAAACAUUGUUUUAAAUCAAGGUGGCUCUUGAUCUCAACCAUUUAUUUGGGUCACUUUUCCUAGUUUGGAGUUUUGGGAAAGAGCCUUAAAAACUCAUGUGGUUUUAUAGCAUUAGAUCUGGAGUGACUGUUGGGGCAAAGCACCAAUGGCAGUCCUUUAUUGUGUGUUACAUUUCAUGGGAUUUAUUGGAAUAAUUCACUGUGAUUAUGCUGUCUUCUAUCUGGUGUCAGGCAGCUCUGCUUUUAAUUUAGUUAUUUUCUCUUAAGAGGGAAAAGAGGAACAAUUUCAUCCUUGCCUCCAUGACCUAUUAAAUCUCAUGUGUUAAUUCAUUCUGAUGUUACUACGUUCAAUGCCUUGAGUAAAUGGAUAGAUGGAAAUGUGCUCAGCUUUGUUCUUGGGCAACAGAAAGAUCAGAUUUCCGUAUGGCAUUGUUGGAUUUCAGAGCCCUCUGGUGUUUUGGUAAAUCUAGAUGAAUGUUGCCUUUAAUUUUUCCAAUAUAUAUGACCAUGUAAUUUGUGCUGCAGAUGAAAUCAGGAAGCAGUGCAGUGUUGAAGCAAGUCUUGUCCAAUUCAUUUAUCUUCCUGAUUCCCGUACUUUAUCUUACUUGUCAGUGUUUAUAUUACAUACAUGUAUUUUCUGUAAAAGAAAGAAUUAAAUCUUGGCAAUUUGA